AUGGUUUGUGCUAAGGAUAUUGAAGAAAUUACUGAAAUAAUUACUGUCUUAAAGCCGUUGGAAGCAGCCACAACAGAACUAUGUGGUGAACAAUAUGUUUCAACUAGUAUGGUCAUACCAAUUGUGCACAUAUUACAAUCAAAAAUUGAUGAGGCAGUAACCACUCAAGUCCUUAGCCAUCAACUAAAAAACGCAUUAAAACAUGAGUGUUCAAAGAGACUAGGACAAAUAGAAAAUGUUUCAUUUUUAGCAAUUGCUACAGUACUGGAUCCUAGAUUCAAAAGAAUUUAUUUUAAAAAUGCAGUGGCAUUAUCCAAAAUUUUAAAUAAAAUAUCUGAAGAAAUCAAAACAUAUCAAACAACAUCUGAAAGUUCAUCUGAUUCUUCUGAAGCGUCUGAAAAUAAAGAAUUUAGUCUAUGGAAUAACCAUGAGAAAAUUGUUCAACAAAGUGGCCGUAGUCGUGGGCGAGCCUCUAGAGAAGAAAUUGGUUUUCCAUCUGAAUUAAAUGUAUACUUAAAAAGCGCUGUAGGUAGAUUGACAGACAACCCAUUAUUACUAUGGAAUGAUAUGACCUCAGUUUAUCCAAAUCUGUCCAAAAUUGCAUUAAAAUAUUUGAGCACAGUAGCUACUUCGGUACCAAGUGAGAGGCUUUUCUCCAAAGCAGGCUUGACAAUGAAUCAACAGAGGAAUCGUCUAACUAGCAAAAAGUUAAAUAUGUUAUUGUUUUUACAAUCUAUGGAUGAAAAAUUAUGGGAAUUGUAA